AUGCAGUCUACAUUCAGUUUAGUGAUUCUCAGUUGCAUUUGUGUCACACUAGCGGAUAACAAAGCAUCCUUACCACCAUACAUAACAGCAUGCGACAUAGAUGACAAAAAUUUGGCAACGUGUGUAAGAGAGCAGAUAAUUGCUAGUCUCCCGAAAUUCACAAAGGGUAUACCUGAAUUAAAAGUUCCUGCGAUAGAUCCCAUCAACUUGGACGACAUCAAGAUUGAUGGAAACGGCUUAACUCUGACUUUCACUGAAGCCAUAAUGGAAGGCCUCAGUGACAGCGUCCUUACAGAUUUAAAGGAACGGUUUGUCUUAAAGUUUAAAAGCAACUUCACUUUAAAGGCGAAAUAUGAGGUCGAUGGACGUAUUCUAAUCCUACCAAUCCAAGGCAAAGGAGAUGCAUUUGUAUACGCAAAGGGUGUUGAAGUAGAAAUUUCCAGUAAAUUCGACCACACAAAGAAAAAUAAUGCUGAUCACUUGAAACUGGUUAUGCCAACAUACAAAUAUGAUGUAGAGCGCACCACGUUUGAUUUGAGGAAUCUCUUCAAUGGAAACAAACAAUUAGCGGACACUACUCUUCAAUUCGCUAACCAAAACUGGAAACAACUGAUGGACGAUCUUGCACCACCAGCAAUUAAGCAAAUUGUUGUAACCGGCGUAAAAGCCAUCAACAAAUUCUUUGGUGCCAUCCCUAUAAACAAAUUGGUCAUCGGCUACAAACAAAGACUUUAG